CCCCCAGGAGUGAUCAGGAUCCUAAUGAAUCAUUCAAAGAAUCCAUAAAUAUCUAUGUCUUCAAAGAAGAGCUGGGCAAUCUAUUGCGAAACUCGCUUGCCAAAGAACUGGGCUAUGAAUUUGUUUUAAAAGAAGAGUUAGGCCUUUUCAAUGACUUAAAGGGGCUGGGCAAUGAAAUACGAAACUCGUUGAGAGAAUUUAAGGAAGAUUUGAUGAAAGAAAUGAGAGAGGAGGUUGCAAGGGAAUUGAAUGAGAUGAAAAAAUUACGAAACUUGUUAAGAGAGGAGUUUAACGAAAAUUUGAAGAAAGAAGCAAGAGAGGAAGUUGCAAGAAAAUUGAAUGAUAAUGAUAGUGAAAAGAAUGUCGGUGGUAACUAUAAUGACAAUGAAAAAAAUAAUGACGAUGAUAAUGAAAAAAAUAAUGAUAUUGAUGAUGAAAAAAAUAAAGAUAGUGAUAAUGAAAAAAGUAAUGUUAGUGAAAAUGAAAUGAAUAUUGAUAGUGAUCACGAAAAGAACAUUGAUAGUGGUCACGAAAAGAAUAGUGAUAGUGAAACGAACAGUAAUAGUGAUAGUGAAACGAACAAUGAUAGUGAUAGUGAAACGAACAGUGAUAGUGAUAAUGAAAUAAAUAAUGAUGACAAUGAUACAGAGGAAUCAGACUCAUCAUCCUCAGAUGAUGAUUUGUCUUCAGGCCGGUGUUCGCCACCAUUGAUACCUCAAAAUUACAUACGUUCGGAGAAAGUGGGAAUUGCUGCUAAGCUGUUCAAAAGUGUUGAACCACCACCACUGAUGUUUAAGGAUAUCCCUGCAAUGAUUGCAGAGAGUGAUCGGCAAUGGGAGGAAAAACAGAGAGAAAAAGAGGAAGCAAAAAAAGAGAGGUUGAGAGAGAUUGAGGAAAGUCGUGAGAAUUUCAGAAUGGUGUCGGCAAUGAUAGAAGAGUAUAUGGAGAGUGAUUCAAGUUCUUCGUCAGAAUAA